AUGUCAAAUUCAAUCAUUCUACCCAAUCGUGGCAAUGUCUCAUUGGGAAGAACUCAGUUUGGUGAAGAAGUUAUAGAUAUUUCCUCGGACAAUGAGUUGGAUUUAUCUGAUGUUCCCAUGGAUGAAAACGCUCCAAUUGAUAUAGAGGAUGAUGAAGAAAGUGAAGAGGAAGAAGAAGAAGAUGGCGAGGAUAACAUAGAAAUUUUAUCCAAUGGUCAAUUUCCUUCAAUAUCUCACCCUGCCUUAAAUAUUAAUUCAAUUCCUAAUACUAUCAACAUUAAUGCCCAGAGAAUCUUUACCAAUAAUGGAAACAUGGGAGCUAAUCUUGUUCCCCAAGUAAAACCCUAUGUUGAUAAAGAUUAUAAGUCAGUCGAGGAUGUCAGUGAUGAUGAAGAAGACAUAGACUAUAUAAACAGUGUUUUGUUUGAUAAUUUAGAUGAAAAAAGAAAAUUAAAUUAUAUCAUCACCCAAAAAAAAUCUCAAGCCCGAAAUGUGCAAUCUCUACCAAGUGAUUAUGAGGCACUAACUGAAACUGAAAGAAAAAAUUUAUUGUUUAAUAAUUUCAACAAAGAUCAAAUUGAAAGAUACGAAGAUUUUAGAAGAUCAACCAUCAAUAAAACAUUGGUUAAAAAGAUUGUUAAUCAAGCCUUGGGGCAACAAAUUUCCACCGAGCUAGCUACGUUACUAGCUGGUUUAUCAAAAGUCUUUUUGACUGAUAUAAUCGAGAGUUCUAUAAAAAUUCAACAAAAGGACGAAAAUCUAAAAUUACUACAAAAUCUAGAGUUGAAAAAAGAAAUCAAAUUUGCAAACAACAAAAAUCUUGCUAAUGGGCUUCUUCCAAUGAAAGAGCCUGAAAUCAAACUUCCAGAUGAUGAUCAAUUAGACCCUUUACUACCAAAACACGUUAGAGAAGCUUAUAGACUAUAUAAAUUGGAAGCUGAGUAUUUGCCAUCUAGCCAAUGGCGAAGACAAGGGGAAGGCGAUGGUUUUAUGUUUAGAUAA